UGGAGUUGAUCAAAGUAGUGAAAGUAGGGGUAUCAUUAAAUUUACGGAAUUUGAUCUCGUUUAUAUGGCCGAGAGGAAUAUUCCCGUGGUUGAUGUGCAUGCGGAAAAUGUCAGGGAAUAUUGGCCAGGACUUAUCUUGGCUAUUAAGUCUGCAACUUUUAUUGCACUUGAUCUGGAGAUGAGCGGUAUAGGUAACAGAAAAGACACCAUGGCAAGAGAUUCGAAUGAAAGAUACAAGGCAUUUUGCGACAUUGCAAAGACACGUUCUAUACUGUCUGUGGGGAUUUCAGUCUUCCAGAAAAGAGCUGAAAAUACACAAGUUGGAAAAGGAAAUUCUGAUUUUUUUGUUCAAACAUAUAACGUGAUGCUGUUGCGAAAAGACAGUUUCACUGUCGAGCCUGCCUCAUUGAAGUUUCUAUUGGAGCAUGGUUUUGAUUUCAAUACACAUUAUGCCAAAGCAAUUCCUUACUCUACGCCUAACGUCAAGGAUGCCAAAAAAGAUGGAAACACGAUAUCAGAGUUGUUUUUCGAAAUCUUGAGGUCUUCCAAACCAAUUGCAUUACACAAUGGGAUAAUGGAUCUCGUGUUCUUAUAUCAGAAUUUCUACACUGAUUUGCCUUCGUCAUUAUCGACCUUUCUUGCUGAUCUCUCGGUAAUGUUUAAUGCUGGAGUAAUAGAUACGAAAUACAUUGCUGAAUUUCACGCGGGUUGUUCCGCAACCUACCUGAAUUACAUUUUUAAAAAAAGUUGGCGCGAAAAUAUCGAAUAUGAAGCAAGUGGUAAAACGUGUGUGACUAUUGAAUGCUGUAGUUAUCCAUCAACCGCUGAUGUCUCGAUCAAUGGAAUUAUCAACAAGAUAUCAGUGUCUGCGGGCUCAGCUCUACCUUGCGAGCAGUAUGCGGCGCAUGGCUAUUGUCCUAAAGGAAUGCAAUGUGAGAUGUCGCAUGACAUUGAUGUCAUUUUGAAUUAUGAACAGCAGAAGAAGGCCAAGAAGAAGAAACGGAAACGAAAUAGAAAGUCAAAACAGAAUAUUUCUUCCAAAGAAUGUGAAAAUGAUGAAAGUUGUGAAAUAAACGGCGGUGCGGAUUGUGAUAUCGCCGUUGAGUCGAACAAAUCCGAAAACCCAUCAGAAACGAAAAAACCGACGAACACCGCCACGGGAAAUCACCGUGCUGGUUUUGAUGCUUUUAUGACUGGGUUUUGUAUGGCGUUUUAUUUUCAUCGCUUUAAAACCAAGGACGCAUCAUCUUUUGCUGAAAGUGUUCCCGAUUUUGUUAAUAAGUUAAACCUGAGCGGCAAAGAUAUACCCUUGAAAGUCGAAAAGAGUCAAUACUGUAAGACUUCUCUUCAUCAUAACGAGGUCUGGAAAAGGGUGACAUCAUGUUAAAUAAUUUAUAUGUAAGUAUAACCUAACUGUUUACGUUGUUCGACAAGAUGUUAAAUUCAAUCGUUUAAAAUUUGUUGUAGCCUAUAGCUAGAGGUUGAAACCCAGUCGCAUACCUUUCGAAAUCGAGCUAUAUUUGCGUCAAAAAUACACAUGCACGGCGAGGCAAUGUCUAACAACUGAACUGUAAUAAAACCUGGAACGAUAACUCUUAUGGUUCAGUUCUAUAUUUCGUGGAUGCAAAAGCAUGAAGCAAAAAGCUGAGAUUUUGACUCUAUUAAUUGCCUGAUAAUUUUUCUGCAUGCGAAUUAGCAAAUCAACGUAUUUUACUUCUACUAUUGUUUUUAAACAUUCCCAGAUAUUUAGGUAUUUAAUAAGCCAGUCUUAAACGUUCGAAAACUCAGAAAAACCACCUUCAAUUUAGUUAUAAAAGAUGUCGACGUAGUUAUAUUGUUCCAAGUUUUUUACAGUUCCACAAACUCAAGUAAUUGUCAAGUAAUUUAUACGGCUGCUAUCAUGUGGCAACAGAACCAAAUGUUAUGUAGAAAGAUAUUUAUAUUACAGGUAAAAGAUGCAUAUAUAGGAGAUGGUUAAAAUUGUGUGAAAAUAAUAAUCCGCCGUGCAAUAUUAAA